AUGGCGAUGGUAGCAGCGGCGAGAGCCCCGAGUGGCUCUGAGGUCCAAAAAAGUGGAUUUGUGGAGAUUCUGGUGCGCGAGCGGUGGCACAAAGUUUUGGUCGACUUGAGGGAGGAAGCGCUCACGCUGAGCUGUGAAGUGGGCAGCGUUAACGACAACGUCAACUCCAACGGGAUUACCGAUGGAUCUUACCUUGACAACAGUAACGCCAACUCCAACAAUGGCCCCCAAGCCGCGCGCACUGCGUUCACUGACCUCCCGGAGCGAGUGCCCGAGGCGAUCGCCAACAGAAAGCGGUGCGUCAAGGUGACCAAGCAGGAAAUCGGGGGACUCGGAGUGAGCAUCAAAGGGGGAAAGGAGAAUAAAAUGCCCAUCCUCAUAAGUAAGAUAUUCAAGGGGCUCGCAGCGGAUGAGACCCAGGCUCUGUAUGUCGGGGACGCGAUCCUGUCCGUGAACGGUUUGAACCUGCGGGACGCGACGCACGACGAAGCCGUGCAGGCUCUGAAAAGAGCCGGGAAGGAGGUGACCCUUGAAGUUAAGUACAUGCGUGAGGCCACACCAUACGUCAAAAAGGGCUCGCCUGUUUCAGAGAUCAGCUGGGAGGCCCCCCCUCCCGAGUCUCCCCGGCCCACCAGCCCUCCCGCCACCUUGUCCUCAUCCACCGCACCAAGCCCUCCGCCCCAGCCUUCCCUCUCUCUGAAUGGCGACAGAAGGUGCAUACCAUUGAAGAUGUGUUAUGUAACACGUGCCAUGACCACACCAGAUCCUGAGAAUAGACAACUGGAGCUGCAUUCUCCUGAUGCCAGACACACCAUAGUGCUUCGGUGCCCAGACCAGCCAUCUGCCCUGUCCUGGUUUUCUGCCAUGCACGCCGUCACAUCGACACUGGCACAGCGGACGCAGGCAGAGGUCAUCCAGAAUAAAUCCAAGACAGGGAUUGCUGGCGGCAAAGAGAUACAACACCUGGGAUGGUUGGCGGGGAAGACUGAGAGUGAGAAGCAGUGCUGGAGGCCGGUGCUGGUGGUGGUGACAGAGAAGGACCUAUUGCUGUUUGACAGUUUACCGCGAGGCAAGGACGCCUGGCAGAGCCCUGAGCACACUUUUCCACUCUUAGCAACACGGCUUGUCCACUCUGGCCCUGACCGGGGGUCGCCUUGCUCGGGCACAGAGCUUUUUUUUGCCACUCGGACUGGCACACGACUUGGAAUCGAGACUCACCUUUUCAGGGCCGAGACCACCAAGGAUCUGUCCCUCUGGACCAGACACAUAGUCAGUGGAUGUCACGCAUCGGCUGAGAUGAUCAAAGAAGUCACAACGAGUUGCUUGUACAGAGGGCAGGAGUGUCGGCUGGUGAUCCACUACGAACAGGGCUUUUCUGUGCUGGCUGACCCCAGGGUAGGAGAUGGGGAUCAGGAGGAGGAGGAGAGAGUAGUAAACACGUCCAUCAAGCCCCAAGUGCUCCUCUCCUACCCUUUUGAAAAACUAAAGAUGUCAUCAGAUGACGGAGUACGCAUGCUCCUCUUGGACUUUGGAGGGACAGAGGGGGAGAUUCAACUGGACCUCCACUCUUGUCCGAAGCCAAUCGUCUUCAUCCUCCACUCCUUCCUCUCCGCCAAGAUCUCCCGCCUGGGUCUUGUGGCCUGAUUGUCGGACAAAAGGCACAUUUCACCUUCAUUUCCACCUCGUUUCUUCACCAGUCUGCAGCCAGCAUGCAGUAAACCACCGAACACUCCUUCAGUUGGAAACCCAGGCUAUAUGAAUGUAACCCCUGUCUUGAAAUGGAUCUUUUAUAUGGUCUCUAUCGUGAAGAAAGCAACUGUGAUGGUUAUGCAAGAGCUUGAAUGUUGACUGGAGACUGACAGUGAGAAAUAUGGAAUCGACUAGAUGCACACAGAUCUGCAAACACACCAACAGAAUAGGAUUGGAAAUUACUGUCACGUUCGGGAGAGGAUGAACUGGCCAUGUGUGGCCCUGAGAUGAAUUCACUUUUAAUUCAAUCACAAUGUAAUGGCAACCUGCCUUCCGUUUACCAUUUAUAUCAUUUAUUUGCCAUUACCUCCGAAAGGGCAUUCUGAAUUUUUCUCAUCAUUUUUCUUCCUUUAACACUUGACACACUGUGGAAAAACUUUACGCAUUUGUCUUUAUUAGAGUCCCCUGAGAUGUCUUGUUAGCAGUGUCAGCAUUCAUCAUCCAAGCCGGGGAGCACAUUCUCCACAAUGUGACGGCUCGCUCAAGUUCAGAAUGUCAAAGUAUUCUUUUAACAGCUUUCCUAUGAUGACCAUAGUGUGGUUAGGUUAUUUCAAUACAUGAGCAGACAAACAUCUGACAAUUGCAUGCCUGACCCAAGGAUGCAUACAGUUGUAAUAUCCCUAAAUGUGACUUUUUUUAGAUUAAAAGUCAACGAAAUCUUGCACAAGACUUGUAUAGACUCAUAUUUGAGUCAAAUAAUCUUUUUCACUUUGUUAAUGAGCAUUACAUGUUCCCUCACAUAAACUUUAACAUAACAUGUGUGCAGUCCAACAAAUCUCAGUACAACAUUUUUAUCAUAUAUUUUAUAAAGUCUAUACAUCGAGUUUUAUUCUUUAACAUUUGCCCCAAGUUUAUGGAGUGGACAAAGUAACUAUGUUUUCAAAACGUCAAAGUCUUAGGUUUUGUAAUAGAGGGAUAUGUGGCACAAUUUAUGGAUUAAUUUAACUGAUUGCGCAAAUGUUUUGAAUAAAGUCCUCGUUGAAUUGUGCAAAGCUAAUGCCGGCAGCUUUACCCAGUUGAAUGAUUGGCAACCUGGGUAAAGGGUUUGCUUAGUUCUGCCUAUUCUUGAAUAAGUAUUUUGCUUUUACAAUACAGGGAUAUUACAGAAAUAUUGCCUCUUGUUGCAUGUAUUGUGCUUCUGUAAAUUAGAUUACAGUAUAAUAUAUCAUUGUUACCAUAACUCAGCCUUAAGCACACUCAUUAUUGAAAUUCAGCUCAUAGUUCAAUGCAACAGAAAUGUUGAAAUAUACCCUACCCCUAUACAUUGUAAAGCACAGACAGGAAACGGUGAGGAAAGGUCCUUUUCGCCACACUCCCUUCCAGCUAACAUUGUUAUAUUAUUUAAAAUACAUCAGUUGAACCCAAAUAAAAUUGUAAUUAAUGGAAUAAAAUAUUUACAGUUGACUCUUGCACCACUGAGAAGCUCCAACCAGUUAUGCUGUGCUGGCUUUAAAACACAAGUGAGCAGGUGGUAGCGACCUGUCAAUCACAGCUAAAACACAAUUUUCUGCUUCUCUUUAAAUUAUACUGUAAGAGGCAAAGCACUGUUGCAAUUAUGUUUGUAAAGAAAACUUUAACUAAGUUAUUAACAUUCUGUAAGUCAUUUUCUAAUAUGUUUCUUCUCAGUCUUAAUGAACAGUAGAAUUAAAAGAAGAAUAGAAUAGAAUAGAAUUGUCCCCCAGCUGGCCAUGAGAAGAAUUGUAGGUAGCCCCUCAACAUUGGCUUCACUUAAUUAGGCUGGAGCUCCCAAAAUAUGCUCUCGUUUUAUUCUACUAUUUUUUUAAUAGAUAUCAUAUCUAUUGGUGUAAGAAAAUGUAGGUAAUGGGUUCAUAGUUCAGCACAUAACUGAGCCACAGAUUAAUUAAAGACUUUAUUCACAAAGUGAAAUACAGAUCUUCUGCCUUGACUUCUACUCUUUGAAGUGACAAGUCCUUGUAAAUCUC